GAUGGUGGUGAAGUUGUUGUCGUUGACUCAUCAUUGCUAAUUUUGUUGAUGAUUUUGCAAUCACAUUAUGCGUAUGAGACAACUAAUUAUAAUUGGAAUCUAUAUUGGAUAUGCUUUAACACAAAAUUUUAAGAUGUUCAUUAGUUUAAUUAAAUGUUACUUCAAGUUUUUGUGACAGAGUGUGUUUAUCAAUUAUCAAGGCUUAACUUAAAUUAGUAAUGAUUAUUUGCUUUAUUUAAGAAGUCAAUGCAAAUUUCAGCUGAUUUAAUAACAUAAGAUGAUAUUUUAGAUCUUUGUUUAUAUUUCUUUGUUGAUUAGAAUGGUUUUAGAAGUAAUCGUGUUAUGUAUGUGGCUUGACUGAUUUUUAUCUUAUUAAUUAAGGAGGUUUCCUCAAGAUAUUAUAUAACGUCCGAAUUUUGUGGUUUUGGUUGUAUUGCAGUUUUUGUAUGUUAUUCGUUUAGUUGUGUUCAAUCAGUGUGAAAACUGAGGGUGUUUUUUCCUUCUGUAGUUUGAAUCAUAGGAAAAGUGGUGAGAAAAUAUUGUUUAGCUUUAGAGGAGGUGCUAGAGAAGAUUGAUUGUCACGAUGAAGUUUGGAAAGGAGUACAAGAUGCAAAUGGUGCCCGAGUGGGUAGAGGCGUACAUGGACUACAAUGGAUUAAAGAGGAUAUUGAGGGAAAUCCGUAUGUGUCAAGCCCCAAGAACGCCACGAACACCUUUGAGAAGCUUGCAGCAGCGAUUCUCAAUGUAUAGUCCUUUUAGAGGGGUAGAAGUAGAUCCCAGAGGUCGACAAAAUGCUGGGGAUAUUGAGGACCAAGUGAUUAAGGUUAGUCCCAUUGUAGGAGAGUGUAACAGGACGUUCUAUAGGACGAGGCUGCUCUUGCCAUCAGAAGAAUUAGGUGGACAGGAUGAAGUUAAGUUUUUCAAAAAACUUGAUGAGGAGCUCAACAAGGUCAAUGCUUUUUAUCGGGAUAAGGUUGAUGAAGUUGUAGAAGAAGCAGCUGCAUUGAAGAAGCAAAUGGAUGCUUAUAUUGCCUUGCGAAUUAAGGUGCAAAAUCCUAAUAUUAAAGGUUCUGAUGUAGAAGUUGCUAUGGAACCCUUAAGAGUGGGAACUCAAGAAGCACCUUCUUCAGAUAACACAAGUGGUGGCAGGGAAAUUACAAGUCCGUGUGACGAUGGAUCGGAUCCCUUGGGGUUCCUUAGUCAUGUGAAGAUCAAUAACACACAUCAAGGUCCAAUAUCUGUGAUACGAGGAAUUCUGGGAGAAUCCAAGGAGAAAGAGUUGAGUUUUAGCAAGGAUGAAUUGAAACAAGUUGAAGAACGACUAAAAGUUGUCUUUACAGAAUUCUAUCAAAAACUUCGGCUUCUAAAGAACUACAGUUUCAUAAACCUCUCAGCAUUUGCCAAGAUUAUGAAGAAGUAUGAGAAGACCACGCUAAGGUACGCAGCUCGAUCAUACAUGAAAAUCGUGGACAAGUCUUACCUGGGGAGCUGCGAUGAGAUUAUGAAACUCAUAAAGGAAGUAGAACACUCAUUUGUCAAGCACUUCUUUAAUGCUAAUCGAAGAGAAGGCAUGAAGCCUCUGAGACCCACAAAACGAAGAGAAAAGCACAGAGUAACAUUCAUUUCAGGCUUCUUUUCUGGCUGCUCAAUUGCACUUGUUAUUGCCGUUAUUCUUAUGGUGCGAGCAAGGAGAAUUAUGGAGAAAGGACAAGGAUCCCUUUACAUGGAAAACAUGUUCGGACUGUACAGCUUAUCUUUGUAUAUAGUUCUACAUAUGCUCAUGUAUGCUGCAGACAUAUACUUAUGGAAACGGUAUCAAGUCAAUUAUCCAUUUAUAUUCAAUUUUAAGCAGGGAACGGAACUGGGUUAUCGAGAAGUUUUCCUUCUCAGCAGCGGACUUGCAGUUUUAGCCCUUGCUUGUUUUUUAGCAAAUUUCAACAUGCUUAUCGGCUUGACAGUCACAGAGAGCAUGAACUAUGCCAAGUUGAUCCCCUUACUAGUUCUUUUGGUGUCUCUUGGUAUCACAUUCUGUCCUUUCAAUAUCAUAUAUCGCUCAAGUCGAUAUUUUCUGAUUAAAUGUUUAUUUCGAUGCGUAUGUGCUCCCUUUUAUGAGGUCACACUUCCGGACUUUUUCUUGGCAGACCAGAUAACAAGUCAGAUUCAGGCAAUAAGGACUAUUGAAUUCUACAUUUGUUACUACAGUCAACGAGGUUUCCUUGAAGGACAAAGCAAGUGCCACCACAAUGGAGCAUACAAUGCUUUCUAUUUCGUAAUAGCCAUUAUACCAUACUGGAUCCGUUGCUUUCAGUGUCUUCGUAGAUUGGUUCAAGAAAGAGACUAUGUACAUGGAUACAAUGCACUGAAGUAUCUUACGGCAAUAGUGGCCGUUGUUAUGAGAACAGUAUAUGAACUCAAGAACGGAACACCCUGGUUAGUGAUGGCCUUGCUAACCUCAGCUAUGGCAGUGGCAUAUAAUAUAUACUGGGAUAUUGUGAUGGACUGGGGACUAUUAAGACGGAAUUCGAAAAACUUCUUCUUAAGGGAUAGACUCUUAGUUUCACACAAGAGUGUGUACUACUUUGCUAUGGUUAUAAAUGUUCUAUUAAGAGCUGCUUGGCUACAGCUUGUUCUAGAGUUUAAUGUCAAAGGUCUACGCAAAACAGCAAUUUCGACUACUAUUUCCUGCCUGGAAAUAAUUCGUCGUGGGAUCUGGAACUUCUUUAGGUUGGAAAAUGAGCACUUGAACAAUGUGGGUAAAUUUAGAGCUUUUAGAUCUGUUCCGCUUCCGUUCAACUACCAUGAUCGACACGAUGCUGGUGAUGAUGAAUAUGAUGAUGAGAAGGACGAUUAAGCAAACCAAAAAUUCCGUCAACCUGAUUAUAACGUAAGGUGAUACCCCUGCAUUGAGGUCUAGCUAUUUGAGAAUCCUGGAAUCAUUUGGCUUCCUUAGCCUUGCAACCUGGGAGUUGGUGGUGGGAAGCUACGAUACCAUUGUUUUAUUUAGUGCCCUAUUUCCAGGCCUCUUCCUUGUGGGCUUAUUAGUGUCAAUCAUACACCUGACCUGGCCUAUAUAUGCUCAGGGGGAGCAUGGUGCGUAUAUACUGCACAGGUGCGGUCGUGUGUGUAGCACGAGUGGUAUGUGACUCGUAAAGGCGCGUCACAUACACAUGCGCCUAGAAAAACGUCUGUUGGUGUAUCUACCUUUAUGUAUAUGUAAGUGUACAAUAGAUUUUGUAGGCUCUUCAUGCUUGUACGAGUUUUUAGUAGCUUUUAUGAUGGUAAUUGGUUGCCAAUUCUACAAUGCACUCAGAAAAUACAUACUCGUUCUUUUUACGCUGGAGGUAUGUAAAAUAAGCAUCCCUAAGCAUAUUGCACGCUUGCUUAUAUUCAGUUAUGAGCUUAUAAUUCGUGUAGGAAGAUCAAGCAAGAAAAAAAGAAAGAAAUUGCUGAAAGUUUUUGACUGGAUUGUACUGAAGUCUACUUUUGUUUAUUAGAUGCUCAAAGGUCAAAAGCCUUAAAUGUAUGAAUUUGAAAUAGUCAUGAUUGUAUUCUAUGUACUCCGUUUCACAA